AUGAGUGAAAGAAAUAAACGAAAGGUUGGUCCAUCAUCAAGUUCUAAAACUACGGAGGAUUCUAAGGUAUUUCGUAUUGCAGAAUUACAUUUGAGAGGUAUUGAAAAUCUAUCAGAUGAAGAAAUAGCUGAACUGAUUUUACUUGAAGAAGCUGAAAUCUUAGAGACCGACAUUUCUCCAUUGAUGGAAUAUUAUGGCAAAUUCUUCUGCAAAGAACCAGAAACUCAAGAUAGAGGCAGUGGAUGGGCCAUGAUUCGAAAGCAAAUCUAUGCUAGUGAAAUUUCAUGUCGAAAGCUUGUACGAAUGAAUACAGUGGCAUUUCAGCGUUUGUGUGAAAUAUUACAAGGGAGGUAUAGCUUACAAGACACUCAAAAUAUGGCUGUUGAUGAGAGUGUUGCAAUCUUUCUUAUGAUUUGUGGCCAGAAUGACUCUCAAGGUGACAUUGGUCUAAGGUUUGGUCAUGCACAAGAAACAAUAUGUCGGAAGUUUCAUGAAGUUCUUGGAGCAAUGGAACGAAUGGCUGUGGACUACAUACGACCAAGAACUACCCAAGAACUUGAAGCUAUAUCAAACCGUCUACAAAGAGAUAAACGCUAUUGGCCUUACUUUAAAACCAUUAGAUUUGUGAACCGCAAAGGAAGUACGAGUCUCAAUGUCUUGGCAAUGUGCGACUUUGAUAUGCUUUUCUACAUAUUGCUUGUUGGUAUGGCGGGAUCAGCUCAUGAUGCGCGUGUGUUAUCAACAGCGAUUCCUGAUGAUACUAUGUUUCCUACCCCUGCGGAAGGCAAAUACUAUCUUGUAGAUUCUGGUUAUGCCAACAAACGUGGAUAUUUGGCUCCGUAUAGAAAGCAAAGUAAUGUUGGCACAAGGUAUCAUCUACAAGAGUUUUUCUAUGGUGAGCCGCCAAGGAAUAGCAAGGAGAUGUUUAACAGAUGGCAUGCAUCCCUUCGCUCAGUCAUUGAACGUACAUUUGGAGUUUGGAAGAAAAAAUGGAGAGUUUUAAAUGAAUUUCCAAGGUAUAAUAUUGCAGUACAAAGACGUGUUAUAUUUGCUACAAUGGGACUUCAUAAUUUUAUUCGCAAGAAUAAUAUUGAAGAUGAUGACUUUGAAGAAGCUGAUAAAGAUAGUGAUGUUUCAUAUGGGCAGCAAAAUGUUAAUGAUGAUGUGAAUGAUGAUCAAGAUAUUAGAGUGGAAGAAGAAACACACGAUGGAAAUUAUAUGAAGAUCGUCCGCGAUCAAAUUGCUGAGCAAAUAUGGUCUGCAAGUCGACGUAGUGUUCGUCAGCAACGUUAG